AUGUCGCGGAUGAUCAAUCAGCCGUCGAACCAGAUCAAGCUGACCAACGUGUCGCUGGUACGCCUCAAGAAGGGCAAGAAACGCUUCGAGAUCGCGUGCUACAAGAACAAGGUCAUGGAGUGGCGGUCCGGGAUCGAGACGGACCUGGACAACGUGCUGCAGAUCCCCAACGUGUUCCUCAACGUGUCCAAGGGCCAGACGGCGCCCAAGGAGGACCUGGAGAAGGCAUUCGGCAAGAGCAAGAGCACAGACGACAUCGUACUGGAGAUACUGAAGAAGGGCGAGAUGCAAGUCGGCGGGAAGGAGAGGGCGGAGCAGCUGGAGCGGGUGCACAACGAGGUCAUUGGGAUCGUCGCCAGCCGGCUCGUGGACCCGAGGACCAAGAGGGUCUACACGACGGGCAUGAUCGAAAAAGCGCUGGACAUGCUGUCGUCGGCGGCGCACGGGGAGGAGGGCGGGGACGCCAAGAAGGCCGGCGGGUCCAAGACGGCGAGCGGCGCGGGGACGCCCGCGGGCGGAGAGGAGGGGGACGCGAAGCCGCGCGAUAAGGGGUUCCACUGGACGGGCGUGACGACGACCAAGUCGGCCAAGUCGCAGGCGCUGGAGGCGAUGAAGGCGCUGAUCGCGGCGCAGCCGAUCCCCGUGCAGCGGGCGCGGAUGAGGCUGAGGGUGACGUGCGCGACGAGCGUGCUGAAGCAGGCCGUCAAGGAAAAGCCCGCCGCCGGGAAGGAGAAGGGCAAGGGUGGCGGCGGCGACGACGACGGCGACGAGCCGAAGCAGAAACCCGGCACGGUCAAGGAUCGGAUCCUCGGGUUCGUGGAGCAGAUCGAGAGCCAGGACGUGCUGGGCAGCGAGUGGGAGGUCGUCGGGUUCGUGGAGCCGGGAGCGUUCAAGGGGCUAAGCGAUUUCAUCGCCGGGGAGACGAAGGGGAUGGGCAGGGUUGAGGUUCUGGAUAUGGCCGUCAUUCAUGAGGACUAA